GAGCCUACUGCACUCGCAACUUCAAAUUUCCAACAUAAACUACAACAAUGGACCCUGAUGCGGAAUCCUUGUCUGACAUGCCUGACACAGAUUUGCCGGACUCACUAUUCACAAGUUCAAAGGCGCUGGCAUGGUAUACAUACGAAACCUAUCAGGCUACAGAACAAAGGCCUUCGUCACCAGACUCAGUCACAAUUCCGGUAAUGACGCUUGGUCUGUUCUCCCCGCCUCCUUCGACGAACGCAGUUCCCGCUGGAACCGGAGCCAUCACGGCUGGGAGUUGAUCAGUUUCGAAGGGGCAGCUGAUCCUGGAAAUCGCGUCGGUUUCUACCUUGAAUUGAGAAAUGCGACUACUUAUGUGACCUUCAAUGCACUUCAUAAUGUGGAUAUUCAAGCAGUCUAUGAAUAAUUGAACAUCAGUAAGCUGUAGUUUGUAUUAAGAAGCUUUCAAUUAUGCCGAGUCUGAGGGUGGUUUGGGAAUAGACAUGUCUAUCUUCUUUGCUUUGGAUAACCAUUUGUGGUCAUGCUAUGUGAUACAAAUCCACUG